AUACACCCGACACAGCGGCGGCGCGUCGAAUUUAAUCCGGCCCACGCAUUCUGUCUGUAGUGCGCCAAGGGGUACCUUUGUGCGCCAGCAUGAUUCGCGUUUGCCACUUGCUGCCCGCCGUGCUUGCCGUUUUAACAUCGGCGAAAGAGCAGCAGCGGAGCCCGUACGACUCCCAGCGCCCACUUUCUGCUUCGGAUGCUGCCCGCAGAUUCGAUCUCACCAGCGAAGAACAGAGAUGCUACGACCAACAGCAGUUCUCGGGAGUCGAAGUGGAAAUGCUCAGGACCAUUGACGAUCAGCUACGGAAUGGUGAGAUUUCGAGAGUGGCGUCUAGAGACCCGAGCACCUUGUCCCAAAACGACAAGGACAUGUUUCGAAACAGGAUAUACAGGGCCAUCACGAGGAUCGCCCCAGACGAACAUAUGGCACAAGUGAUAAGGCAGAAGCUGGAAAAUUUUGUUAGAUGCAUCGCCGCCAGCAACCGCCGCUCUUAUUCUGGGGGUCGCGAUCGGAGAGAAUGAAUAAAUGCUUUUAUUUUUCGGUGGGUGAUAAA